GGCUGUGCCCCCUUCCGGCCACCUCUGGCCGCCCCCAUUGGCCAGGCGGCCCCUCCCUCCGGCCUCAGACUCCUCCCAUCCGCCCGCCGGCUCGGGGAGCCCAGGACUGCGGCAGCGGGCCGCAGGCGCUGGGGCUGGAAUGGGGCCGCCCAGCUCCCCGUGGCCGUGGCGGCUGCUGCUGCUGGGGCUGCUGCUCCCCCCCGCCGCCCCCUUCUGGCUCCUCAAUGUGCUCUUCCCCCCGCACUCCACGCCCAAGGCUGAGCUCAGUAACCGCACACGGCCUGUCAUCCUCGUGCCCGGCUGCCUCGGGAAUCAGCUAGAAGCCAAGCUAGACAAACCGGACGUGGUGAACUGGAUGUGCUACCGCAAGACAGAGGACUUCUUCACCAUCUGGCUGGACCUCAACAUGUUCCUACCCCUUGGGGUGAACUGCUGGAUCGAUAACACCAGGGUUGUCUACAACCGCAGCUCUGGGCGCGUGUCCAAUGCCCCUGGGGUGCAGAUCCGUGUCCCUGGCUUUGGCAAGACCUACUCUGUUGAGUAUCUGGACAACAACAAGCUGGCAGGUUACAUGCACACGCUGGUGCAGAAUCUGGUCAACAACGGGUACGUGCGGGAUGAGACCGUGCGGGCCGCCCCCUAUGACUGGCGGCUGGAGCCCAGUCAGCAGGAGGAGUACUACCGCAAGCUGGCCGCUCUGGUGGAGGAGAUGCACGCUGCUUACAGGAGGCCCGUCUUCCUCAUCGGCCACAGCCUUGGCUGCCUGCACCUGCUCCACUUCCUGCUGCGCCAGCCCCAGUCCUGGAAGGACCGCUUCAUAGAUGGCUUCAUCUCUCUUGGAGCCCCCUGGGGGGGCUCCAUCAAGCCCAUGUUGGUUCUGGCCUCAGGUGACAACCAGGGCAUCCCGAUCAUGUCCAGCAUCAAGCUGAAAGAGGAGCAGCGCAUAACCACCACCUCUCCCUGGAUGUUUCCCUCCCAACUGGCGUGGCCUGAGGACCACGUGUUCAUUUCCACUCCCAGCUUCAACUACACAGGCCGUGACUUCCAGCGCUUCUUUGCGGACCUGCAUUUUGAGGACGGCUGGUACAUGUGGCUACAGUCACGUGACCUGCUGGCAGGGCUGCCGGCACCUGGUGUGGAAGUAUACUGUCUGUACGGUGUGGGCCUGCCCACGCCCCGCACCUACAUCUAUGACCACGGCUUCCCCUACACAGACCCCGUGGCCAUGCUCUAUGAGGAUGGUGAUAACACGGUGGCCACGCGCAGCACCGAGCUCUGUGUCCACUGGCAGGGCCGCCAGCUGCAACCUGUGCACGUGCUGCCCCUGAGGGGCAUACAGCACCUCAACAUGGUCUUCAGCAACCAGACGCUGGAGCACAUCAAUGCCAUCCUGCUGGGUGCCUACCGCCAUGGUGCCCCCACAACUCCAACUGCUAGCCCAGAGCCUCUACCCCCUGAAUAAAGACAUUUCUUUGCUGCUGUAAGCCCUAAA